AUGGCGGAUAAUGCUCUUCCCCCCAACCUGGCGACCCAGCUAGAUGUACUAAUGAUCGACAAUUUUGACUCUUUUACGUGGAAUUUGUAUCAGCAGCUCUGUUUACUCGGCGCAUCGGUCACCGUCAUUCGGAACGACGCCAUCCCCCCGUCCUUGAUACCCAAACUCAAAAUCAAGUCACUCAUCAUCUCCCCUGGACCUGGCCAUCCACAAACUGACUCGGGGAUCUCGAAGGCGGCGAUUGACUACUUCCAGGGGAAGGUACCAGUAUUGGGAGUAUGCAUGGGGCUCGAGUGUCUCGUAGACUUGCUUGGCGGCCAAAUCUCUUACGCUGGAGAAAUCAUGCACGGAAAAAUAAGUCGGAUACGACACGACAAUCGUGGCUGCUUCAAAGAUGUCCCCCAGAACAUCAAGUCGACCCGGUACCACUCUCUCAGCGCGUCAACGACUACCCUUCCUCCGGAGCUCGCGGUUACUGCGUUGAGCGAGGACUCGGGAGUUAUCAUGGGUGUUCGACAUCGCAAAUACACAGUCGAGGCAGUCCAAUAUCAUCCAGAAAGUGUUUUAUCGGAGGGUGGCGACGAGCUUAUUCGCAACUUCUUGUCUCUGCGGGGUGGGAAGUGGGAGGAAAAUCCAAGUUUUGGUGUCCUUGAUUCGGCACUCCCCACAUUUCCUAUUGAAGCUCUACCUAAUGGAAUCGCUGUCAGCCCUGCAGCUGCCGCAAAGAUACCCUCCAUCCUCGAGAAAAUUUAUGCUCAGCGCCUUUCAGACGUAGCUGCGGCUCAAAAAACUCCAGGCUCGACUCUGAAGGAUUUAGAGACACUGUUUUCCCUGAACAUUGCGCCACCACUCAUUCCUUUCCUUCCUCGACUGCGAGACAAUGCAACUGGCCGUCCAUCUCUAAUGGCCGAAAUCAAGCGUGCCUCCCCAUCCAAAGGACCUAUAUCGCUCUCGACAUCCCCUCCUGCUCAGGCCCUCACUUAUGCUUUAGCAGGGGCCCACACCAUUUCUGUCCUCACUGAGCCAAAAUGGUUCCUCGGUACACUACACGAUAUGCUUCAUGCGCGUUUGAGUGUUGCGAAUCUUCCUAAUCGACCUGCCAUCCUCCGUAAAGACUUCAUCCUCAGCAAAUACCAGAUACUAGAGUCCCGAAUCUGGGGAGCAGACACCAUCUUACUGAUCGUCAGCAUGUUGCCAGAGCAUCUCCUUCGAGAACUCUACGCCUACAGUCUCGAACUGGGCAUGGAACCCCUGGUAGAGGUCAACAACGCCAAGGAGAUGGAACUGGCGCUGUCUUUGCCAGCCAAGGUUAUUGGGGUGAACAACCGCAACCUGCACAACUUCGACGUUGAUAUGGGCACGACAAGUCGGCUGAGCGAGAUGGUGAGAGACAAAGAUGUUGUACUUUGUGCUCUCAGUGGCAUUUCAACAGCGCAAGAUGUGGACAAGUAUGCUGCGGAAGGAGUGGGCGCUGUUUUAAUUGGAGAGAGCCUCAUGCGCGCUACCGAUACCACAGCUUUCAUUCGCGAACUCCUAACAUUACCUGAGACGGCAGUCUCCACCUCGCAAUGGCGAGGAAGCGCUCCUCUCGUCAAAAUAUGCGGGAUUCGUACGAAAGACGAGGCUCUCGCUGUUGCGGAGGCUGGCGCUGACAUGCUUGGAUUGAUGUUUGUCGAGAAAUCGAAAAGACAUAUUGAUCUAGAAACGGCCAGGGACAUUUCAGAGGUUAUUCGUGCCCUGCGAUUCUCCUCCACUGCCACAGAGCCCCUAGAGGAGUCAUCCAACACUCCCUGGUUUACGGGCCACGCCACACGGUUGUCGAAUACAUAUGGUCGGCCGCUACUCGUUGGCGUCUUCCAGAAUGCAUCGCUUUCGACUAUACUUCAUGCAGUGAGCCAUGCACAGCUUGACAUCGUCCAACUUCACGGCUCGGAGCCUACGGAAUGGGCGAGGCAUAUACCCGUCCCGGUCAUUCGUGCCUUCCAUGUUGGCAAGGACGGCAAGGGUUUGGACGGAAUCACCCGGGGCGGUGCCCAUGAAUUCAUCCUGCUUGACAGCCUGAAAGAAGAUGGGAGCGGUGUCAGCGGAGGGACGGGGAAAGUGUUCGACUGGGAUUUGGCCAAGAGCAUUGUUGAAACUGGGGAGAUCGUUGUUGAUGGUGGGGCUUCGUACAAACGCGCCACAGUAGAACAAUCACCACCAGAGCCUACAAAAGCGGAUGAGCCAAUUCCUCCUCAGGCAAAUGACAUCACGACGGCGCACUCCAAGUACCCGCUCCCUAUCAUUCUCGCUGGUGGGUUGACAGCUUCCAAUGUCGCUGUCGCGAUUGCGCAAGUCCAACCCUGGGCGGUCGAUGUUAGUGGCGGUGUCGAAACUGAAGAUGGGACGGCAAAGGAUAUUGCGGCGGUCAAAGCGUUUAUUGGUAAUGUUAGAGGUGGUGUCGCAUGA